UAGUAGAAGAAGAAGAAACACUCGGUGGAAUCUCUGCGACGUGGAAUCGUGGCGUCGUUUUUAGCCAAGUUUAACGUUUUAUUCUGAAAAAUAUCGAUUCCAGCUGUAAUGGAUCAACUUGCGGAAGACUCUCCAAUCAGCGCCAAGCGGACAUGAGGAGGCUUUAGGCGCUUCGUCGCUGUUUUCCUCCACAAAGCCUUGCUGCGGUUAGCAUCAGCCGGCUAACUAGUAAAAACAACGCUAGCUUGCUAAAGUGGCCAAAAAAAAAACAAAACAAAAACAAGAUGAAGAGGAAAAGUUAGUAUCCGGGUGAGGAUGUCUAAAGUGCAGGAGCUGCGCUGUUUCGUGCAGCAGCGGCUGAGCGCGGCUGCGGAGGAGAUCUUCGGGCUGUUUGAGAAAACCAUCGCCGAGUAUCAGGAUGAAGUUUCUCGAUCCAAACUGGAGACCGAGCGGCACCGGAGGCUGCUGGAGGCCGCUUUAAAACCCACAGCAGUGUUGCCUGAGCAGCUGUUGGGCAGUGAAGACGAGGUUCCCCCUGAGCAGCAGGAGGAGCCAGAGCCCCCGCACAUUAAAGAGGAGCAGGAGGAGCUGUGGACCAAUCAGGAGGCAGAGCAGCUCCAAGGCCUGCAGGAGGCUGAUAUCACCGAGUUCCCUGUGAAGAGUGAGGAUGAUGAAGAGAGAGCUCAGACCUCGCAGCUUCAUCAGGGCCAAACUGAGGAGAGCAGAGAGGCAGAGCCCGCAUGUAAGACGGAAGACAGUGACGAUGACUGGAAGGAGACCAGAGGACCUCCGUCAGGUUCAAACCCACUGAGCGAGCUCCUUUUCAGUCGUGACAAAUUUGAUAUCGAGGAGAAACUUUCCCCCUGCUGUGUAACAGCCCCCAUAGGAGUCAAACUUUGGAGAUGCUCCGUCUGUGGUAAAAGCUUUAAACAUCAAGGAAACAUCAAGAGACACAUGAUGAUGCACACAAGAGAGAAACCAUUUAGUUGCUCAGUCUGUGAUAAAAGCUUUUUCCAUAAAGGGGUUUUCAGCAGACACAUGAAGAGCCAUGCAGAGAAGAAACCACUUAAUUGCUCAGUAUGUGGGAAAAACAUGUGUCGAGAACAUGUUGACAACCACAUCAGAUCCCACACAGGUGAGAAACCGUUUAGUUGUACGAUCUGCAACAAGAGAUUUAGUCUACAUAAACAUGUAAAGAGACACAUUCGAAGUCACAAGUAUGAAAAACAAUUCAGCUGCAAAGUUUGUGGCCAACGAUUCAAGCACGGUAAAGCAGUGACCGCACACAUGAGGUCGCACACGGGAGAAAAACCAUUCAGCUGCUCGGUCUGCGGGCGAAGCUUUGGCAGCAAAAAAACUAUGCAGCUGCACACGAGACUCCACACGGGUGAGAAACUGUGCAGCUGCUCCGUCUGCGGCAAAACCUUCACACAUAAAGGAACCUUCAUCAGACACACGAGGAUUCACACGGGAGAGAAACCAUACAGCUGCUCAGUGUGCGGCAAAAGUUCAACUCAGAAAGGAGACUUGAAAAAACACAUGAUGAUCCACACAGGGGAGAAACCCUUCAGCUGCUCAGUCUGUGGUAGGGCUUUUACACAGAAAGGAUCCCUAAAAACACACAUGAGAACCCAUACAGGAGAAAAACCUUUUAGUUGCUCGUUCUGUAACAAAAAAUUUAUGCAGAGUGGACAAAUGGUUAAACACAUGAGAGUCCACGCAACAGAGAAACCAGUUACCAACAUGUGGUAAAACUGUUAGUUAAGACAAAUAUUUGAAAGUACACUUGACCACCUUCACAAGAGAGAAACCGCUCAGCUGCAGUGUGUGUGAGGAAACUUUCAGCAAGCGUUCACAUGUGAAAAAACACAAGUGUGUCGGCGAGAGCAGCAGCAGGUGAAGCUGCAGAGCUGCUGGUUGAGCCGAGGAGCUCAGCAGGAACCAAACAAACCAGAGACACGUCCAUCAUUCAGGAGGAAACCCAAACACCUCAACUCUGAUGUGUGCAGCCACAUCUGAUUACUGCUCAUAAAUGUAUUUCAUUACAUGGAGAAACUGUUAAUUUUGUCAGUGACAGUUAUAAAUAAGUUGUUCUAAGUCAGUCGGUCAGUCGGUGCUGCAUGUGCUCAGGCAGUUUGCUGUUGUCUUGGGUCCCUUUGGGCUCUCUUUGUUCAUUAAAUGCUACAAAGUGAAUUGACUUGAAAAGUUGAAGCCCUUUAACUGCCAACAAGGAUUCAUAAUCACUACAGGCAGGUUGUUUUUCUUUCAUACACUAUUUAAGCAAGUUGCACUGUACUUAAAACCCCUGUGCAGAGGUCACUCAGAUGGGAGAAGCGUAUUUGAAAGUGUUUCACAAUAUCACUCUUCUAAAUUGUCAGACACAAACUGUCUUUGUUUCAUUUAUCUUUGCCAUAUGGAAAUAUCUGUCUUCCUUGGUUCAGCAUAUUCUGUGGACUCAUGUAAAACAUUGUUUACUUUAAUUUGAAUUAUAUUUGAAAUGUAAUGAUUGUGAAAGCAAAAUCAAACUUUGGUAGAGUGUGUGUGUGUGUUGUCUUGUUCCCUGGGUGUGUUACACGAGUCCACAUGAUGGUGAAAUAACAGCAUUAGUCACCCGGUCCACUAUAUGGUAUUAGUAUCUCGCCAUUCAUUUCCAAAGCAAAACAGUUCCCAGAAUAACAUUUUUACUACCUAAACCUUCAUGUACAAAGCCAAUUAUACCAGUAUAAAACAACAAAACCCGGUAACUUAGAAUUUUUUUUAAAACUUUUUUAAAUUAUAAUUAUUAAACAGUUCUUGUUAUUUUCCUAUUUGAAUUGGAAAGUAGCUCUAGUAGGUAGUUUUUUUAUAUUGCCAAGUUUCACUUCUUCAGCUAUAACUUUUGUGCUGAAAGUGUUAUUUUAGGAGCUGGUUUGCCAUGGAAGUGACUGAUAUAAAGAUACAAGUCCAGUGUUGUGGACAGGCAGCUAACGAGGAGAUUUCACCGCCACGUGGACUCGAAUCACACCCAGGAGACACAACAAAUCUGCCAAAGUGUAAUUCUGCUUUGAUUCGAGAGGUUGGCGUCUCCCUUUCCUUAAGAUCUGUUGUCCUGAAACAAUCUCAUUAGUUUGGGUGUCAGUGCCGAGUUUUCAUGUUUCAUAAUCUUGUUGCAAUUUUUGCAAUAAAAAGUGUGACAAUACCAAA